AUGAAACUAAAGGAGAGCUUGGCAGCUUUUCUUUUUGUUCUGGCGGCGAAAGCAUCUGUUGGAGAUUCGCUUCCGGAGUUCCAAGACUGCUUUGCAGAUUGCCGAAAUACUCUAUGUGUGUCUCCACUGUCAGCUUCUUCAAAGUAUCAACAAGACUCCAUCAGUCCGUUGGCUGUUCGUUUGUUUUCAUGGGACUGUGAUCUGGAUUGUGACUAUAAGUGCCAGCAAAUAGUUUCUCGUGAGCGAAAACAGGCUGGACUUCCCAUGGUCCAGUUCCACGGCAAAUGGCCGUUCAAGCGAGUAUUUGGCAUCACCGAGUUGUUCUCCACUGUGUUUUCACUCGGCAACUUUCUUGUCAAUUACAGAAACUAUGGCAAGAUCAAAAGACACCGCAAAUACGUGGCCUAUAGAGACCCGGAAAAGGCAACCAUGUUGUCGCAAUUUUUGUUUCUAUUACUCAUGGCCAUGAUUGGAUGGACUUUCAGUACCAUAUUCCAUAUUCGUGAUUUCCCCACCACGGAGAAACUAGAUUAUAUUGGUGCAGGUGCUAUUGUCGUGGCUCACUUCAACGCUAUAGUGGUGAGAAAGUUCGAACUUUUCCGGGCUGAUAAAACUGUCGCAAGACGGCUUUUCCAAACUGCUCUUUUAAUAUUUUUCGUUUUGCAUUAUGCUAAGUUGUAUCAUGAUUGGGAUUAUGCUUACAACAUGAGCAUUCACAUUGUUUUUGGCAUUCUUUCCCUGACACUCUGGAUCCUCCACUCUUUUGCGGUUCGCAGACAGUAUCUUCGGCGCCCUCACUUUUACAACAAUUCCAUUCAGUUAUUGCCAUAUGAAACAAAGAUCUUGACCAAAUUGAACUACUUGGGCAUUUCCAAAACCAAAAACAUACCCCUAAUUCCUGUGGCUCUUAACCUUUUCCUCAUUUCAGCCAUUAGCUUUGAGGUUCUUGAUUUCGAACCAAUUGCGUCAUUGGUGGAUGGACAUGCCCUUUGGCACUUGUGCACCAUAUUUCCACCGAUAGUGUGGUAUGAUUGGAACAUAUGGGAGCUCGAGAUGUCAAGUCUUCAAAAACAAGGUUGGAAGAAAUGA